AUGACUUCACCAAAUGAUCACUCACAUCUCAAGGUUUUCAUAUUGUUGAUUAGAUUUUCUCAAUAUUCGUAUUUGUUCAUCAUAUGUUCUCCUAUUUGUACUCAAACAUUUCAGUCUACUGGUUGGAUUCAAAUUAAACCAGGAGGUAAACCAUUUCCAAAUGGUCAAGAAGUUGGUAUUCUCCGGUGGCGAUUUCAAACUUCCGAUGAAGCUGCCCUUCCUAUAACUGUUAAUUGUUGGCCAAAUGAAAUACCCGGUGGUUUUGAAGUCAACAUUGAAUAUGAACUACAAGAUUCCGAAUUAGAAUUGAAUAAUUUAGUCUUGUCAAUACCAUUACCUCCUUCAACUAAACCUCCAUUAAUUGGUAAUUAUGACGGAGAAUAUGAAUUAUGUCCACGCAAGACACAAUUAGACUGGCGUAUACCGAUAGUGAACAGUGAUAGCUCAUCUGGUUCCUUGGAAUUCACAUUAAAAACAGAACGUGGUGCAAAAGCUGACCAAUUUUUCCCGUUGAAAUUAAAUUUUGGCUCAAAUAAAUCAUAUUGUGGAAUUCAGAUUAUGGAAGCAACUGUAAGCAAUCAAAAUAUCCCAAUCAAUUUUUCUUAUGAAUCGAAUUUUCAUACGGAAAAAUAUGAAAUUAAUUAAUUUGACUGUAAUUUUUCUUGUUUCAUUUUGUUGUGUAUGUAUGAGUGUAUCUAUCAAUUAAGCUUAGUGUUUUGGGAAUUGGUCCUGAUCGUCUGUGAUUUUUGUGAAUGGGUUGUAAUUGGAUUUUCAUUUACUUUGGGUUUUUUUUAUUUUGAUGAUAUACAUGAUCUGGACUAAAUAAUAAUAAUAAUAGUAAUAAUAAUAAUAAUAAUAUAAGCUUUUUCUUA